AUGUUGUCCAACCCUCUUCAACGCUUCUCCCCUUACCAAAAUAUCUCCUCUGCUCUUGCACCUGAUUCCCAUGGUCAACAACCCCAAAUGCAGACGAACGGCCUCGAAUCACUGGGACAGGGCUCGCAAUACCCCAUUCAACAUCUCCCUCAACAAGCCGGUAUCCAAAAUCCCCAUUUAGCCAGGGCGGGACCUCCAACAAAGCAUCGACAGCACCCAUAUGGACCCAGUGCUCGAGCACCUGGGACUUCAGGCCCCAUUAGAAGGAGAAUUAGCCGAGCUUGUGAUCAGUGCAACCAGCUACGAACGAAAUGUGACGGCCAACAUCCCUGUGCCCAUUGCAUCGAAUUCGGCCUUGGAUGCGAAUACAUCCGCGAGAGAAAGAAGCGAGGAAAGGCAUCAAGAAAGGAGCUGGCUCAACAAGCAGCAGCCCAAGCUGCGUCAGGCGGGAGCGGAGGACAAAACGACAGCUCCGGAGCCGAGGGCAGCCAAUCCAACGAUAAUGGGGCCGAGUCCUUGCCUAUCCAUGGCUCAUCACAACAUUCCAUUCCUAGACGCCACCACAGUCUAAGUGAUAAGACAAUCAACGACCACGGCGAUGAAUCAAAUCAGGGGCUAGAUAGCCUCGACAGACUUGGCGACAUGAGCGAUCAACCUCAUCUAACAGGCCACCCUGAUAUUGACGGAGAACAACUCGAUGGCUCCACAGGUAUUGAUCUCAACGGCUUUGUUGCGACCGUAGCCCACCCCUAUGAUGCUCAGGGGCUGGAUGGCCCUGGUUUGAGCCAUCAAGCUUACGCCGCCAACGGGCGAGGCAGCAUUUCCAGCUACCCCGACUUAUCGUACGCAAUGCACGCACAGAGCCCGCCAAACUUUCCCAACAACACGGGAUUUCGCAUGGGAAACAGCCCUAUUGCGUACCAGAUGGGCGGAACACCUCCCGGCUGGGGCAUCUCCAUGGCAUCACCCCCAAGUCAAUUUCAACCACAUAUGGCCCAACCCAACUUUGGCAACACCAAACUUCGAUACCCCGUUCUUGAGCCUCUCAUCCCUCACCUCAAUAACGUCCUUCCCCUUUCCAUAGCUUGCGACCUCGUGGACCUGUACUUUCAAUCAUCGUCAUCUGCGCAAAUGCACCCCAUGUCCCCUUAUGUCCUGGGGUUCCUCUUUCGGAAGAGAUCUUUCCUUCAUUCUUCCAAGCCAAGACACUGUCAACCUGCGCUGCUCGCAAGUAUGCUGUGGGUAGCUGCGCAGACAAGCGACGUCCCGUUCCUAGCCAGCGCGCCCUCGGCUCGGGCUAAGACCUGCCAGAAGCUCUUGGAAUUGACAGUAGGUCUUCUCAAACCUCUAAUCCACACUGUCUCUGGGGAUGCCCCUAGUCCCGUCGCAGAUGGUGUUGCUCUCGGGGGCCUCGGUGUAGCGAUGCCCGGAUCCAUCAGCUUGGAUGCCCUGACCGGAGAGUCUGGGCCGUUUGGUGCUGCAGGAUGCCUAGACGACGUGAUUACCUACAUUCACCUGGCAGUCGUGGUCUCAGCAAGUGAGUACAAGGGUGCGAGUCUGAGAUGGUGGAAUGCCGCUUGGUCCCUUGCACGUGAACUGAAACUGGGACGAGAGCUCCCACUCAGUGCUCCCCCAGUCAACCACGACCGGAAUAAUGUGGAUAAUGAGGCCAAUGACGAACACGACCUUCAACGCAACAACUCGGGCUAUGUUACAGAAGAGGAUCGCGAGGAGAGACGCAGAAUAUGGUGGCUUGUCUACAUCGUGGAUAGGCACCUGGCACUCUGCUACAACCGCCCCCUCUUCCUUCUCGAUAUCGAAUGCGAUGGUCUGUUGCAGCCCAUGGAUGAUAAUGCCUGGCAGAGCGGCGACUUUGGACACUUCCCACCCAAUACCGAUCCCAAUCUGCUAAACUCGGUCCCAGAAGGGUUCGAGGACUCGCGGCCUCGUGGGCCACAAUUUGAGUGUCGCAGUCACAGCAUUUUCGGAUACUUUCUACCUCUCAUGACCAUUUUAGGUGAAAUCGUCGACCUGCACCAUGCCAAGAACCACCCUCGAUUCGGCAUUGGCUUUCGCAUGGGGCAUGAGUGGGAUGCACAAACAACAGAGAUCACCCGGCACCUGGAGGCAUAUGAACAGAGCUUAAAGACAUUCGAGCACAAGAAUCUCCCUCGACCAGGAGACGACAAGUCUGAUCCGGCCCUGAAUGAGAACGGCGAACUUCAUGGGGACCACCCCACCCCUUCAGUGCACUCUGUGCACACCAACGGAUCGAAUCGUCUGACGGAGAGCGAUAUCCAGACUCGCAUUGUCAUUGCAUAUGGCACGCAUGUUAUGCAUGUCCUGCAUAUUUUGCUGGCGGGUAAAUGGGACCCAAUUAAUCUUCUUGACGACGAAGACCUCUGGAUCUCGUCGGAAGGAUUUAUCACGGCCACAAGCCACGCAGUGGCAGCCGCCGAAGCCAUCAACCAGAUUCUAGAGUUUGACCCCGGGCUGGAGUUUAUGCCCUUCUUUUUCGGCAUCUAUCUGCUUCAAGGUUCGUUCCUUUUACUAUUGAUCGCGGAUAAGCUCCAGUCUGAGGCGUCGCCAAGUGUGGCCAAGGCAUGCGAGACUAUUGUCCGAGCGCAUGAAGCAUGUGUGGUGACGCUGAACACUGAGUAUCAGCGGAAAUUCAGUAAAGUAAUGCGCAGUGCGCUGGCCCAGGUCCGGGGCCGCGUACCCGAGGAUCUGGGGGAACAGCAGCAACGGCGACGAGAACUUUUGGCGUUGUAUCGAUGGACUGGAGAUGGGACUGGCCUUGCACUAUAA